ACUUUUUAUUAGUAUAGAUUCUUUUUCUUGGUGUGGGUUGGAGAGAGAUAUGAUGACUCCGAGUCACGGAAGAGGACUCGGAUCGGCUGGUGGGUCUAGUUCCGGUAGAAAUCAAGGCAGCGGCGGUGGUGAGACCGUCGUUGAGAUGUUUCCCUCUGGUCUUCGAGUUCUUGUAGUUGACGAUGACCGUACUUGUCUUAUGAUCUUAGAGAGGAUGCUUAUGACUUGUCUUUACGAAGUCACGACAUGCAACAGGGCAGAGAUGGCAUUGUCUCUGCUCCGGAAGAACAGACAUGGAUUUGAUAUAGUCAUCAGUGAUGUUCAUAUGCCUGGCAUGGACGGCUUCAAGCUCCUUGAACAUGUUGGUCUUGAAUGGAGGACUUACCUGUUAUCUUGAUGUCUGUGGAUGAUUCAAAGAGUGUUGUUCUUAAGGGAGUGACGCACGGUGCCGUUGACUACCUAAUCAAACCAGUACGAAUGGAGGCACUCAAGAACAUAUGGCAGCAUGUCGUUCGGAGGAGGAGGAGCGUACAUUCUGGGAGCAUUGAGGAGACAGGGGAUAGGCAGCAGCAGCAACACAGAGGAGGGUAAUGCAUAAGUUUAGCAAAAAUGCUUGGCUAUUUUGUUAACAAGUGAUAUGUUGGGGUUGCAAUUAUCAUUUCAUGAAAAUCUUCAUUUUAUUGAAAAAAUAAGGGUAAAGGAAAUUUUAAUAUAAUUGGAAGAUAGUGGGACCGAAGAAGAACCUUGAUGCGUGGAUCCAGCUCAUAAAACAAAAAAUAAGAAGUUAAAUUUAUCUUCGUUAUGUAAAGUUGUAAACUCAAAACCUUAAAAACAGAUCAAUCUCCCGUCUAACAUUUCAAAGAUAUUUUAGUUUCUCUA